AAAUUGCAUAGCUGAAAAGUGAUUUCUUUUUGUGUAUAAAAAUUUUAGAAAUGGAAUAAUCAAUUAAAAUUUGGAAGAACUUUUCAAAUCAAGUGUUAAAACAUAAUAACUUUAAUUGUUUUUAUAAAUCGAUUUAUUGUUUAGUUAGUUUGUUCAAAUAAUUAGUGAUGAUUUUAAACGAGGGAUUGAAGGAAAGAAAGAAAAGCAGAAGUUCGACUCAUGAAGAAGAAAAUGUAGAAAGACAAUCAAAGGAUGGCGAGCGGGACUAUACCGGUGUUAUCACGUACGAGUUCAAAGACAAGGAGGAAAAACCCUGGCAGCGGGUUAUUUACGGAAUCACAAGAAAAGGGACACAUUUGUAUGAGCCCGUAAAAUCAGUUCCUAGCACCCUGAUCAUAUUAGUGUUUGGGGUAUACCUGCUGGUGGCGUAUUUAACACAACUAGUCGAGGAUGACAUGCCAAGGGUCAUCAAUGAAGUGGACGUAGCUAGAGAUGACUCAUCAACGUUUAGCGAAGAAGCGGCGUGGAGAUACUUCAAUCGGAUAAUUGGAGACCAGCCGAGGGUGGCCGGCACCCAGUACCACUUGCAGAAGACCAGGGACAUGAAGAGCAUUGUCGAUGGUAUAGCCGCAUCGGCCAGGCAGACUGUCAGGACUGAUUGGCAGUUUGCUACAGAUUCGUUUUGGCUAAACACGUCAUUUCCCUUCGUGAACUAUUACCAGAAUUUGUCUAACGUCGUCGCCGUGUUGGAAGGCAGCGGGUUUUAUACCAAUGGUAGUAUAGGGUCGUCCAUAUUGGUUAAUUGCCAUUACGACUCUGUACCUUACGCUUUGGGUGCGUCUGACAACGUCGUGUUCUGUGCGGCCAUGGCGGAGACUCUCGACAAACUGUCUCGGAGGUCGCAGAGGUUUAAACACAACAUCAUAUUUCUGUUCAAUGGAGCUGAGGAAAAUCCUUUACAGGCCAGUCACGGGUUCAUAUCUCACCCCUGGUUCAGCGGAGUCUCCGUGGUGGUCAAUCUCGACGCGGCCGGGAUGAACGGGAAGCCAGCCGUGUUUCAGGUGACGGAUCCUCGUACCCUCUCGGCGUACAAACGCCGUGUGAGCCGACCUAAUGCACAGUCGGUGGGAGAAUUCCUGUUCACCUCAGGAAUUAUACCUUCCGAUACGGAUUUCAGGAUUUGGAGGUUCUACGGUGGACUGAAUGGUAUAGAUAUAGCGUUCACGAAGUUCGGCCACGUGUACCACACGCGCUAUGACCACCCUGACCUCGUGCGUAGCGGCGUCUUACAAUGCGCCGGGGACAUGGUCAUGGGCCUCGUCAGCGAGCUGGCUGACGAUGACGAUAUGGGGAAUAAGGCCCCUCCAGAAACAACGGUAUACUUUGACUUUCUAAACACUUUCAUGAUUUGGUAUCGCCUACCAGCCGCAUACGCUGUAGACGUGUUAGUCGCUUUAUUGGGAAUUCUCAGCGUGGGAUACUACGUGUGGCUGGUCGGAGCUAGAUGGUCCACGAUAAACGAGUUACUGAUAACGUGCGCGGGCCGCGUGGCCGCCAUGUUGUGCGGAGUCGUGGUCACGCUCAUAUUAGUGCCAAUUAUGGUCGCGUCUACUGUUCAGAUGAGAUAUCUAACACAGCCGUGGAUAGUAGUUCCUAUAUACUGGAUGCCAUACGUUAUCACUGUUGUGAGUGUGUCUCAGCUUUACGACAUGUGGCGAGCGAAAAGGACCGGCUACAGCCGCUGCAUCCGCACGUUACAAGCGAUGGCGUCGUCUCGCUUACUCUUGUCUGUCUGUCUGUUGGUAUUGUCGUGUGUUCCUAAACUAACACCAGUGAGAUAUAUAUUGACGGUGCCGGUGUUCCUCAUGAGCAUAGCCGCCUGUGUCACCCUGACCGUGGUCAGAUAUUUUAGAAUCGAAGCUUGGCAACAGUUGAUUCUCGAAAUAGCACUAUCGCUGCCAACAGUAAUGUUCUCGCUCACAUCUAUACUGCGUCUGAACGCCGUACUACUCCCGGUGAUGGGUCGCUCGUCUAUAGACAACCCCGAUUAUUUAGUGGCGGCUGUCAAUUUGGCUACUGCUGUGCUGUUCUGCAGUAUUGUAUCGGGAAUCGAACUGCUGUUCUCAAGAACUAGGAUUUGGAUCCCAAUCGGCGUAUUAUCCAUCACGUGUUUCGUCCUCAUGUUUAUUCCGUUCAGUCCAUACAGCGAUGAUGGCCCAUCCACCCAACGCCAUUACUGGUUCCACACUGAGAUCACUUCGUACGACUACAAUAGACAGCUGACAGAAAGAACAACCGGUGUUCUUGUCACAAAACACGAUCCGUACUCUACGGAGAGGGUUAUACCCACAUUGCGAGAGAAGGGGUACAAUUUCAACGUGAGAACUGAUUUCGAGCAGGAUUGCGAGAGAUAUGUGUAUUGUAAUCUGCCGUUGUAUAGAACGUCGUUUGGCAGAUAUUUGAAAGACGCCCUUUUCAUUUAUACAUCAGGCCCGGCGCCAUUUUCUCCGCCCGCGGCACUCACGACCACACGAGACUGUGUGGGAGAACUGUGCAAUUACACCUUUACUAUCACUCCGGCGCCCCACAACAUGCUGACGUUCUGGCCCCGCCCCGGCGUCACCCUCGCCUCGUGGUCGCUGCCUGCCCCCACACCCUCCUUCUACCAGCUCGGGAGACCCGUGUACGUGGUGGUGCAUUCCAUCGCCACUUACAGCGAGAAUGUUCAACCGGUCGUUAUAACCGCCAGUUUUAUUGUACCGUUGUCGUUGCAAUCGUCGCCGGCCGUGGAGGUCUCGCACCACGCGCACCGCAUCCACCACCCGCAGCACCACACGCCGCAGUUCUCGGAGCUCCUCGACGCGAUGCCUAAAUAUUUCAAUUUCGCCAAUUUCAUGACUUUCAGGAGUAAUUAUGUGUUUUAGCGUAACAUUUAGCAUAAAAGUUUAGAUUCUUUUAUAUGUGUGGGUUAACAAUGCUCUCGAAACAUCACUGUACUAUAUCACUAUUAGGAUAUGAUAUUUAUUAUAAAUAUUAUAAUUAAAUCAAAUUAAAACUAAAGCUUAAACUACUUAUAAAAGAUAAUUAUAAUAAAUAUCAUAGAUAUACUUUAGAUAAACUCCUAUAUUUAAUUCAAUUAGGAUCAUCUUAUUGUUGACAAGCAUGCUUUUUUUAUUACUACACUAUAAACAUAAUCGGCGCUGUUUGGUCUACUUUAUUGUUUGCUGUUUUUGUAAUUCUAUCUGUAUUUUUGACUGUUUGUGCCACAAUAAAUGAAAAAAAUAAAAAUAAAUAACUUACAGCGGGGUAGACGGAGCUAACAGUCGUUAAAAUACAGAUUCAGGCCAAGUUCAGCUGUUUUGCGUAAUGUUUGAAAUUGAGAUUCAAAUUGUGACAGUUAGCGGCUGACGGUUCUGUCUACCCCGCGAGACGUGAUUACAUCUUAUAGGUAUAUAAAAUUCUCGUGUCACAGUGUUCGUUCCCGUACUCCUCCGAAACGGCUUGGCCGAUUCUCAUGAAAUUUUAUGAGCAUAGGUUUUUAGUAGGUCUGAAAAUCGGCCAACAUGCCCCUUAGUGAUAAGGGCUGUCCACCCUUAAAAUAUUUUUUUAAACUAGAAAUUACUUAAAAAUUAUUUAUAUGGCAAAACAACGUUUGCGAGGACAGCUAGUGUGUAUAUGAUAUUCCGGUUGAUAUUUGUGUUCUUGAGAAUUAACUUUCUUCGGAGGCAGACAAUAAAACGAAAGUAUUAUCGUAACAAAUCGUCUUAAAUAUUUGCCCAUGAUGGAUAUGAUCUAGCAAUGGUAAAAGUAUUUUAUACAAUUAAAUAGAUAAGAUGCCAAUUUUAAAAAUUUCAAUUUCAACUGAGUGAAUAAACCAAAAAAAAAUAUUAUGUUUUUUUUUUUACGAAUUGUUCUAUUUAAAAAUAAGAAUGUUAAAUUUGUUGGAAAUAUCGUACAAUUGUAAAUAUCGCUCCUGCAUUAUUUCCAAGCUAUAAUAAAUAUUAUAAAGCUGAAGAUUUUGUUUUUUGUACGCGCUAAUCUCAGGAACUACUGGUUCGAAUAGAAAAAUAUUUUUUUCGUGUUGAAAAUACCAGUUAUCGUUGAAGGCUUUAGGCUUUAUAACAUCACGCUGCAACUUUUAGGAGCGAAGAAAUAAUGGAAAAUGUGAAAAAAAAAACGGGGAAAAUGAUUCAUCCUUGAGGGCCAAUUCAAUGAUGCCCAAAAUAACUA